AUGUUUUUAGUUCGGUUGCUGUCGUUUCGGCUAGAAUUUGUUUUCAAGUACUGAUGUAUAAAAAGUAUUUAUAGAUGGUUAUAAAUAUUAAAUAAUACGUUAAUGCUUGAAAAUAAGUGAAUAUUUGCUAAAAGUUCUUGGUGAAGAGCCAUUUUUUUAUUUUUUGUAUCAAACUUUCUGCAUUAUACUUUCGUCUUUUGUAAGUUACAUAAGAAAAAAAUUAUAACAUGAUGAAAAGUUCAACAGAAAAUGUAGUUGAUUGUGUGAAUGCUAUCUUGAAGACACUUGAAUGCUCUAUUUGUUUGGAACUUCUGAAGAAUCCUGUCUCAACUGGAUGUGGACAUUUUUUCUGCAGAUUUUGUAUAACUGAAACGUUGCAGUCUAACUACCGUGCACCAUGUCCAUUAUGCAAGAAGUCUUUUACUCGCAGAGGCAUUCAAGAUGCUCAUCAAAGGAAAUCGAUUCUUCUUGCAGCAAAAAGGCUUGCUGAUGUGUGUGAACAAUUUGCAGAUGUAAAAUUUUUCAAUAAAGAAUGUUCUCAGAGAGAAGUAAUCGAUGAUAAAACUAUGCCUAUAUUGACAUCUUUUGAAAAUCAACCCAAUGUAAUAGAGAAAGCUACUAGAACUUCAAGUGGAAGAAAAAGAAAGUCUAAUGAAAAAGAAAAAGAGGUCACAUCUAAGGAAAUGAAUGAUCCAUUACCUGUUUUGGAAAAAAUUGGGAGUAACAAGAUUGAUAUUGAACCUCUUAAAAAUGGGCAGUAUGAUUCUUCAAAUGAUGAAGUCAUUCCAACAAGUAACAAACGGUGUCGUCAGUCAGUUGAAGAUUCUGAUUCUGAUGCUCUUCCUGAUUUAGAGAGUAUAUUUCAAGAUUAUAAUGUACCAAAAAUUUCUGAUGAAUACUCCUCUAAUGUUAAAAAUAAUCAACUACCUCCUACUAAAAAUGAUUCUGCAGUUAUUAAAACUAGUUUGAAAAAUUCAGCUUCCAUAUUACCGAAGAAAAAUAGUUCACAUAUUCAAAAUGCUGAUAAGUCUUCUAAUCAAAAGAUAAAUAACCGUGAAUCAAAUCGUUUAAAAGUAAUACACAAAAGAAGAUUCAAGGCACAAAAUCUGAAAGAGAAAAAUAAAAGUAACCCUUUAAGAAAUAAAACUAAUGAGCUUAAUAUAGAUGAUGCAACAAAAAAUAACACUGAUAUUGCAUUAAAUGCCACAGAUGAAGUUGAUAAAAACAUCAAUUCAGUUGUCCUAGAGAAAAUUGAUGAAACUGAGCGUAAUGAAGAGACAUUUAAGGAAAAUAAGCAUACAAAUGAUGUUGCCUUAUUCUUAAGCCCAGAAAAAGAUGCAUGCAUCAAAAGUGAUUUAAAAAAUCACCUAAAAAAAACUAAGACUCCCAAAUCGGGAAAAAAAGAUUAUCAAGCAACUUCUUCCGAAGAAGAAAAUCUUAUUGUAAAACUAAAUGAAGCAGAAAAUUUUGAGCUUACUAUAUCAAAAAAUACAAUACCAAGUACUGUUUUAGUAAAUAAUAGUGAUAAUGGUAAAAAAUCUUAUAUUCUUAAUGAAAUCAACUUACCUGAAUUGAAAGGAGGAGAGAAAACUAUUGAAAAGGUUAAGAAAUAUGCUCAGUCUGAUGAUAUUGCUGAUACUGCUAUUUCUGUACAAACAGUGGCUAGCCCUGAAACUAAUAAAGCAGAAUUGGGUUAUAGAUCUCCUGGAUGGUCAAAAGUCAAACGGGUUGGAAAAGAUUUUCGUGUGAAAAAAUUUUCUAAACUUUCUGUGGAAAAAAAUAUGUCUCAUAGUUGCCCAGUAGAAAUCACAAGUGCAGAACAAACUAAAUCAAAUACAUCUUCCUGUGAAUCAUUAGAAACUCCUAAAUUUAAGAAACUUCAUAACUCUAAUAUGACCAAAGAUAUUAAUAAUGAAGAUCUGUCAAGAAAUUCUGAUGCUACAAAGAAUAGCAAGAAUUCAUUAUCUGAAAAUGAAGCUGUGGGAAAUAAGCAGCUCAUUAACUCUCUUGAACAGAUGUCGGAUGGUGAAAGACAAACUGAAAUGACUGCAUUCUCUUCAGAAUUGAAUAAAUAUGAUAAUAAUUCUCUGGCAAAUAAUCACAGUGAAAUGGAUUAUGAAACUAAAAUAAAUUUACAAUUUGUAGAUAAUGAAAAUUGUACUGCUUUAAAUGAAUCUAGAGAAGUCAGUGCGAAAGUACAAGAUAACAUUACAGCAGCGUUGUCAAAUGGUUGUUCUUUGUUAAAAAGACACAAUUUGACAUCUGUUGUAUCUACAGAUAAUCAUAUUCUACCUGAUUUUCAUUUUUCUUCUAUUUCAGGUGAUAAAAAUGAAAAUUUAAAAAGUAUUCAAAAUAAUAUAUUGAAUACCGAAGCAAAUAAUAAAGUUAAAAAUAAGUGCAUGAAUGGUGAGGUUAAUUUUAUGGAAGUGGAUAACUUUAAUGCUAAUGAUGAAUAUGUAAAACAGUCAGAGAAUGAAACGUCUCAUAAUCAUAUGCUUGAAAAAGAAAUUGCUCUACAAAUUUAUCCUGAUGCUAAUUUACAUAAUAAAGAAGGCAAUCUGGAUGAAAUAAAUAGCAAUCCAAAUUUUCAAGACCAUAGGAAGGAAAAUGUACUUUGUUAUGUUGACAAUGUUUUAUCAAGUGAAAAAUCAUUUUUGAAGCCUGAUCUUAAAAUUUUACCCAAUGCUAGCAUAAUUAAUGAUAAUAAGUCACGUUCAAGGAUCAGCAAAAUAUCAAAGUGUGAAAUAACUGCUACAAAAUCUAUUUUCGAUAAAGAUGAAAAUGUCUACUAUACUGAACAUUCACAACAAACAUCCCAAAGACUCCUCGAGUUUUGUAAUGAUGAUCAAAGAAAGCAACAUUCCUUCAUGGGGCCUGUUGCUGCAUUAAAUGUUCCAUUUUACUAUGCACCUAAUACACAUGGAAUAGUAGCCAAAAGGAAUUGGCAUAAUCAAAUUGAAAAAUUUAAUCCUAUGCAAUUUGGAUUAGCUCCACAAAAUAAUGAGAAAACAAAAGUUUUAAAAAGAACUUGCUUGACUCUUGAUGAAAUUCAGGAAGCUUUUACAAACAGUAGCACAUCUGGAGAAACAGAGACCAUUUGUUCUCUACCAUUUUCAUCUGGUGAUUAUCGACUUCAUGUUUGUGUAUCAGAAGAAACUCUUAACAUAUCUGUUUUAAAAGUUGUUGAUUCUAAGUUUGAAUCCCCAAAUGUUAUACAAACUAAAACAACUGUAGCUGAAAAAAACAUUCAGACAUCAAACAAUAAUUCACAAAUUAAUUCACCCGUAGAGAUUCUUCCAUCUUCAAAUGCUGCGUCAGAUUCUUCCCAACCUGACCAGGGUCUGUCUGAUGGCAAUUCAAAAAUGAAAAAUAAUAUUUUCCCAUAUCUUAAUAUGUAUUUUCCUGAUUCUGAAUCUGGAGAUCAGCCUUGUCCUGAUGUAAAAGAAUCACUUUUGAAUAAUUCUGAGAUUAUCCCUUACCAAGGAUCUAAGCAAUCCUUAAAUAUAAAUGAUGGUGAUCCAACUAAUUCAGAAGAGGUAGCUGCAAAUAAUUUUCUACAGAAUGAUAUUUCUCUUUGUAUAAGAAAUAAUACAUUAAAUUCAUUUGAAGUAUCAAACAAUGAUGAAAAUUACAAAAUAGCGACUAAAGAGAUUUGUGUUGCCAUGGAAGAUAAAACUGAUACAAAUAUUCCUAAAUUAAAUGAUAGUUCUGAAAGUCUACCACCUACUCAGCCAUAUUUGGGAAGUAACCAAAAUAGUGCUGGGAGUAAAAAGAAUGAUACAAAGGAUAUCACUGGACCUAUAGAUGAAGUUUCCGAAAAAAGUGUUUCAUCAUCUGAUAAAAUUUUUGAAUUGACUGAUGGCAAGUUAGAUGGAAAAUUGAAAAAACCAAACCUAGAUCAUAAAACAAAUCAGUUUUCAAAACGUGAAGAAUCAGAUGAACUUAUGUCAGAUGAUGAUGAAAAUAUUAAUUUUGAUGAUCUGGUUUCUUACCAGAAGAUAUCAGCAUCCCCUAAUAAUUUAGAAAUAAAUGAUUCAGAUGGACUCUCCUCAGAUCCUGCUAUGGCUUUUGCCACACAAUUAGUUGCACCAUUAAAAAAUAUAGCUGCUAAGAUGAACUCUGCCGAGAGAAUCAAUAAUUUAAAAAAACAAACAAAAGAAAAAAGCUCCCCUGAAGUACUCAAUUCUAGAGAGAAAAGAUCUUUACAAGAAUUCGAAGAAUUAGUUUUCAAUCUGAGUAAAAAUUCUACAAUUGAUUCUUCAGUUAGUAAAUCAUCAAGGUUAUCCUUAAAGUCAAAACGGGCAGCAAAGAAAUUCAAAAGAAUCCAAAAAUUUGAUUCUGAUGAUGAUUCAGAUUCAGCUCAUUCAUCCAAAGAUGAAUUAUGUAUAGCAAAACAUUCAUCAACAAAAGACAGUAUAGAAGAUGUUCAAGCAGUUUCAUCAAAAGUAAAAGGAAAUGAGUUGACUUGUGAAUCUUUACAAGAACAAAGCACUUUAAAUAGCUUUCUUUCAGAAGAUAUAACCAAUAAGGAUCCUAAUCAACUUGUCAGAGAAGUUGAAGUUUUGGAUAAAGAAAUUUAUUCAGUUGUUGAACAGUUGAAACAAUAUGGUCGUGAAGAUGUGUUAAAACAUGUAUUAGAGAAGCUUCAUACGGAAUGUGAAAAAGAAUCAUCUGCAUCAGGAAAAAGCGAUAAAAAUCUAUGCAUAUCAGAUGAUAGUGAAGAUAGUACAGAUAUUUUUUCACAAUCUGUGCCACCAACACCACCUGAUAAUGAAACUUCUAAAAAUGAUACAAUUUUCAAAUCUUCUCUUUGCAAGCACAACUAAAAUUUUGUUUCAUGUAUAGAAUUGUAAUUAGCUGAUAAUUGCAUUGAUGAAAAGC